CAACUUGAGAAUUGUUAUGUUUUUGUUUUGAAUUGCUGUGCUACCCAUCCGAUUCCACGGCAUCUGACAAGGUGAACUGAAGCUCUCCAACACGCGUUUUCAAUAGUUUUGCUUUUAUAAAAGAAUAAUAUUGAGCUUAACUUCGGCACCUUAAUACAAGAUGAGCAAUCAAGAUUUAAUUGACUACCUCAAAGAGUGUGGGGUUUGUCAAGUUUGUCAGCUACGCUACUUAAAAGCCAGGGGAUCUGAAUACAAAGAUAUGAAAGAAUCCUUCCAAAAGCUAAAUGUUGAGAUUUCUAAUAACGAAGACGAAUCGCUGACAAAGAAACCCCGUCUGAAUCCGUGUACAACAUGUCUUGGACUUUUCUCCGAAGAAUUUCAACAAGAAAUCAUUCAAAAGAUCACAUCUUGCAAUAUUGACCAAUUCGAAUGCCAAACAAUUGGAAUAGCUCUUUCGAUGCCGAUGCUUUUGCAAAUUCGACAACUUUCCAUGUGGUUUGCAUUAAUAAGAAAGUUUGGAAGCAAAAUCGAUGAAGAUAGAUCACCAGAUGUUCCCCUGAAGGAAGCCGCUAAGCUCAUUCUAAACCCAAUUAUAUGCCAACAGCUUAAUAAAACAUACAACAGCGAGGGUAUUCUUAUAAAUGUAUUCUUAGACCAUCCUGACGAGCUGGACGAUGUAGCGAGAUUACUUAAAGUCAACGAAGCAGUAUUUUCAAUGAAAAAUGCCAGAGGCAAGAAACAACUCAUCACCAGAGCUUAUAUGGAAAAAAUGUUCAUUCCAACAAAGUUGUCUGCUGAGACAUUUGAAAAGCAAUUUACCAUCCCAUGCCCUAUUCCCAGUUCGGGAUUAACUUUAAAAGAAGUUACUCUGUCAGGUCCAUGUGUGUUUGUGGCGGGAAGAUACCGAAAGCUUUCACGAAAACUAUCUCACUCUCCGUGGGUGCUGCAAGGGAAGCGGGUCAUGGAAGACAGUAUUCAGGAAAUAAUCAUUCGAACUAUUGCUCCACACUUUGGAGUAGACGAAGACAAAAUUAUCUUCUCAUCAAGUGGCAGAGAGGAUGUUGAUGUCCGGUGCCUGGGACGAGGGCGUCCCUUCGUCUUAGAGAUACCAAAUUCGAAGAGAAUAACCUUGCCAAAUGCCUUAGCCCUACAAAUGGAACUUGAAAUAGAAAAAUCAGCUCAAAUCUCUGUAAAUAAUCUACAAAUGGUCACCCGUGAUGAUUUGGUUCACAUAAAGACUGGCGAGGAGAAAAAGAAGAAAUUCUAUCGAGCCUUGUGCGUUCUCGAACGCCCAAUCACUGUCGAAGUGCUAAAAAAACUCGACAUGCCCAACGGAUUUGAAAUUGAGCAGAUAACCCCCAUAAGAGUGCUGCAUCGCAGACCAUUACAUCCGCGACCUAGAAUGAUAUACAGCACCAAAGCAUGGGUGGAUAAUAAAAAUCCAAAGAUUUUAAUAAUAGACAUUAUCAGUCAAGCUGGAACAUACAUUAAAGAACUGGUGCAUGGGGAUUUUGGAAGAACAACUCCGAGUUUUGCUUCGAUUAUUGGACAACCAAUUGACAUAAUUGCCUUGGAUGUAGUUGGAAUCGAUUUGGAUUGGCCAGCGGAUAUUGACAAUAGAAAUAUUAACAAUAAUAUAAAAAUAGAGGUAGUGGAUUCGGUUGCAGUUGAGGCUUAGAGCCACAGAUGGAUGUUUUUAGCGGGCUUUGUUUCGGAAAUAAAUUUACAUAAUAAAUGUGUGUAUACAGUGAA